AUGUGCUCUCACCUGAAGCCGAGUCUGAGCAGAAAAUUAAGGGACCGUCCCCGCAGUGCACCCUGGGCACCGCGUACUCACAGCAGCAGCUCCUGUGGUAAAGAGCUUACAGUCUACGGCAGAACUGAGGUGAAGCUGAAGACAAGUGUGCAACGUGUGUGCAACAAGUCACACAUGAGCCUCAAACAGACCGGCUUUGAAGAUCAUGUUAUCGAAUCAACUUGGACCCUCAAGACAACUGACCAGUAUCAUCCCAAUAUUCAACAAGAUGAGAUUUCAUUUGUUGCACUUGAAAGAAAAAAGAAAAAAAAAAAAUACGUUGGGAGCAAACUGACCACGGUGGAUGGCCACGCUCUGCGGCGGAGCCAGCGGUGCGUCUGUGUGGACGUGGUGGGAGUGAGAAGCGGGACAUGGAGAGCUGUCAUUUACAUGGAGAGCAAGAUUCCAGCAAAGACAUCAGAGGAAGGCUCUCCUAUAUGA